AGCGCUCGUGUAUGCCUGUGGGUACGGCAGUAGAAGCAGCUUGCAGGGGGUGUAACUGGUCUCUUCACGCUCCCCACCACACUGUCCCUCAGCCCCAGCUGCCCAGCCUGUGGAUGCAGGCAUCAUGCCUUGCCGAGACCGCACCACUGAGUUUAUGUCUGCCUGCAGGUCCCUGGAGGGGAGGCAGAAUGGGAUCCAGACAUCAAAACCAGCCCAAAAGACAUUCAGACAGCGCAGUGAAUUCAUUGUCUUGGCAAAGAGAAUAGGAAAGGACUUGAACAAUACUUUUGCAAAACUGGAAAGGCUCACAAUCCUUGCCAAGAGAAAAUCCUUGUUUGAUGACAAAGCCAUAGAGAUUGAAGAGCUGGCCUACAUUGUUAAACAGGACAUCACCAGCCUGAAUAAGCAGAUAGGGCAGCUACAGGAGCUGGUGCGCUCCUCUGGCAGUCAGAAUGGGAGACAUAUCCAAACGCAUUCCAACACCAUUAUGGUCUCGCUGCAGUCCAAACUGGCGUCAAUGUCAAAUGACUUCAAAUCAGUUCUGGAGGUCAGAACAGAGAUUGUUAAGCAGCAGCACAGUAGGAGAGAGCUGUUUUCCCAGUCCCUCCCCCCAACCUCCCUUCAGCAAACCUGCAACCCCAACAGUUUGUUGUUGAUGCUGGAAGAUACAAGGGGGUAUAGGGACGUGUCGAUAGACACAGAUUCCUGCUCCAGCCACCAGCUGCUGCUCAUAAAUGAACAGGACUUGUACAUCCAGAGCCGGGCAGACACCAUACAAAGUAUUGAGUCCACCAUUGUUGAGCUGGGCUCCAUAUUUCAGCAGCUGGCACACAUGGUGAAAGAGCAGGAGGAGACGGUGCAGAGGAUCGACGCCAAUGUGGAGGACACCCAGCACAAUGUGGAUGCUGCCCAGGCCGAGAUACUCAAAUACUUCCAGUCGGUUUCCUCAAAUCGCCGGCUACUUAUCAAAAUCUUCCUCAUCCUCAUUGUCUUCUUCGUUGUCUUCAUUGUCUUUGUGGCUUAAGAACAGAGGAGGAGAUAGCGGCAGAUUAUUUGGGGAAUGUGAGAGCACCUUGAGGUGAGAGAAGUGUAUGUGGCAGGGUGUUUCUUGAAGGGCAGAAAGAGUUAUGUGCGUGAAAAUUUGCCUUGAUGUGUGUUAAUCAUUUCUCUCCUUUAUAUCACUCUCUUUCCAGAGAGAUGGUAAAUACACUGAUUAUUUUUGGCCUUUUUCAGCUUUAUUGGACAGUACUGUAAA